UAUGUUUGCUAUCUUCUUAUAACUGUUAAAGCAUAUCAAGAACAGAUUUUAUAACAUUAUCGUAUAUAUUUCUAUCGGGGUUUUUUUGUCCGUUUUGCCGAACAUUUUCAGACAACCACCACGUGUUGUGAGGGUGAGCUCGACCAACAGCCAACUAAAGUUAGCUAGCUGCUAGCAAGCUUCACACAAUUCCAAAAUGUUCACUUGCAAGUUUAGCACAUGUGGUAAGGAAUUUAAUAGAGUUUGUGAGUUUACUCAGCACAUUAAGUUGCAUAGUAAUAGUGCUAAUUACAGAUAUCAGUGUGGUGUGCCUGAAUGCUCCAGACAGUAUGUUAAAAUUCCUGUACUUAAAGCUCACAUGUACAGAGACCACAAAGCAGAUGUGCCUUUGAGGAAUAGUCAGCGACCAUGUACUCCUAUACAAUGUGACUUUUGUGCAGUAAGGUGUGAAACAUCAUCUUUACUAGUUUGUCACUUGAGGUCACAUUUGCGUGAAGGGUUACACGUUGAAUGCCCAUUUAGAGGAUGUGAUAGAAGGUUCUCUGUUUUGUCGAGUUUUGCAUCCCAUCUUUCUAAGAAGCACCGCAAUGACAGUGCUGAACAUGUAGAAAACCCCUCUAAUGUAGAAAGACCUGUUGCCAGUGAAUCAGUGAGUGAGUGUGAACCAUCUAACGUUAAUUAUUCUGAUGAUGAGCAAGAAGUACCUGUUGCAGUUGAUGAAUCUGUCUUUCUUCAGAAUAUCACACUUUUCUAUCUAAAACUUCAGGCUAAACUACUAUUGCCGGCUACUACAAUACAAACUAUUAUUGAGGGAUAUCAAGAUGUCCAUCAUGUCAGUCUGACAAAUCUGCUUAAUACCUUGAGUGAGAAACUAACUGUCCUUGGAAUCCCAGAGGCCACAAUUAGUAACAUUAUGGAUGAAAUGAGAAAAGAUGAUCUCCUCACAGCCUGUAACAGUGGGCCUUUGAGCACAGACCAGAAAAGAAAGACGGCUUUUAAAAAACAUUUUAAUUAUGUUGAGCCGGUGCCUCAGUUAUUAGGUAUCAAUGAGAAAGGUAAGGAAUCGUUUGCCCAGUAUGUGCCUAUUAAAGAAACAUUGGCUGCACUUUUUAAAAGCAAGUCCAUGCAGGAACAGUAUGCAGCAACACAUUCCACACCAUCAUCAGAGGGUAUUUUCCAAGAUGUAAAUGACGGGAAGGGAGCUCAGUGCAACCCUUUAUUUAAAGCGGAGCCAUCUUCUCUUGGUCUUAUACUUUAUCAGGAUGCAUUUGAAGUGGUUAAUCCACUUGGUUCUUCUAAAAAGAAACACAAGAUUCUAGCAGUUUAUCUCACUUUAACAGAUAUUUUGCCUCAUAACAGAUCAUCCAUAGAUCAAAUGCAGCUUGUUCUCUUGUGUAAGGAGCAGGACUUCAAAUAUUUUGGGAUGGACAAGGUAUUUGAGCCCCUCAUUAAAGACCUGAAAGCUCUUGAGGAAACUGGCAUUGAGAUAAAUAAUGGACAAAUUGUCAGAGGUCGACUGUGUGCUAUUUCUGGUGACAAUUUAGGGUCUCACUGUAUUGGCGGAUUUGUUGAGAACUUUAGUGUGAGCCAUUAUUUCUGCAGGUAUUGUGAUAUAAAAAGAUCAAUUUUUGAGAGCUCUCCAUUAUUAUGUGGCAACAAGCGUACAGAACAGUCUUUUCUGAAUCAUCUACAAGAAUUAGAAAACACUGGUACAAAUUCUGAAUGUGGUAUCAAGUCAAACUCUCCUUUUAACCAACUGUCCUUCUUUCAUGUUUGCCAGCCUGGAUUACCCCCAUGUCUUGGCCAUGACCUGUUUGAAGGCAUUGUUUCCUGUGACCUUAGUUUGUUGAUUGGUCAUCUAGUUGAGGAGAAACAUUUCAACUAUACACAACUGAACAGGUGCAAAGAUCAGUUCAACUAUCAGGGAAAUGAUGCCCAGGACAAACCAGCCGAUGUUUCACCAGGUAGCAGAAGACUUGGUGGACAUGCAGUCCAGAACUGGUGCUUCCUGCGUUUGCUCCCUCUCCUGAUAGGAGAUAGGAUUAGGAAUCCAUGUGAGAAUGGUGCCUGGCAACUUGUGCUGCAGCUCAGAGAAAUUGUAGAGCUCAUUUGUGCACCAGCAAUCACUACAGAUCAGGUUGCUUACCUUAAAAUACUCAUUGAGGAGUAUAUCUACUUUCGAAGGCAGCUCUUUCCCAAUGAGCCCCUGAAGCCCAAACAUCACUAUUUACUUCAUUAUCCAGAGCUCAUUACACACUUUGGUCCCCUUAUUCGCCUUUGGACUCUCAGGUUUGAGAGUAAGCACACAUUCUUCAAAAGAUGUGCUAGGAAGUUACAUAAUUUCAAGAACAUCUGCAAGACAGUCGCAGAGAGACACCAGCUCUUCCAGGCAUACUUGAGUGCAGGUAAAAUGUUUCAGCCGAGUGUGUUACUGGAUAAAGAGAUGACAUUCUAUGUAAAUGACUACAGCGACAAAAUCAGAGAGGCUGUUGUUGGUUUGCAUUUUGAAUCUAAAGAUACAGUAGCAUCUCACACAGUGACGGUGAAGGGCACAUCAUACAAAAAGGGCAUGUUUAUUUUGCUGGGGAAAACUGAAGAAGAGUUGGAGGUUGGCAAGAUAGAGCUGGUCAUUGUGCACCAUGGCUCUGUGUCAUUUGUCUCAGAAAAAUAUUGUUUUGUUAAGUUGAGGGACAUUGGGGUCUAUAGUGUUUUGGGGACACCUCAAGAGCAGUUUGUUUGCAUGAGGCAUGAUGAUCUACUGGAUUAUUAUCCUUUGCCUGCCUACACAAUGUGUGACAUUACAAUGAUCUGUCUCCAUCACUCCUUUGCAGAGACAUGGCUGCAGCACAAGAGGAGCUCAGGAGGGCUGUCUUGGCAGUACUCCCGGACCUCCCCGCAGACACACUAACUACCUUGAUGGCAGGCCUGGAAGAACUUGGUGUGGAGAACAAGGAGGAUGUGAGCCUUCUAAGUGAAGAAAAUCUUCUGCCCUUUCUCCGUGUGGUCCAGUCUAGAAAGCUUCUCCGUGCCUUUUCAUCUCAAGGUUCCUUCUCAGCCCUGUCUCCUCCUGGCUCUCCACAACUCUCCUCAACCCUGUCCCCCGUGGGAAGUCCA